AUAAUAAUUUUAAUAAUUUUAUUAAUUAUUACCAUAAUUAUUUCUAAUAUUGUUAUAAUUUUAGCUUCAAUUUUAUCAAAAAAAUCUUUUUAUGAUCGAGAAAAAAAUUCUCCUUUUGAAUGUGGAUUUGAACCUUUUAAUUCUUCUCGUUUACCUUUUUCUUUACGAUUUUUUUUAAUUGCUAUUAUUUUUUUAAUUUUUGAUGUAGAAAUUGCUUUAAUAUUCCCUAUAAUUUUUUCAUUAAAAAUUAAUUCUUUAAUUAAUUGAAGAAUUACUAUUUUAAUUUUUUUAAUAGUUUUAAUUUUAGGUUUAUUUCAUGAGUGAAAUCAAGGAGCUUUAGAUUGAAAUAAUUAA